AUGCUUGAGUCUUCACUUGGACCACUCGCCGCAAAUAGCUGGAAGAUUGCUGAUGCGGCCCCUUCCUCUUCUCUCAUCCCGUUCCCCACCCCUCCUCACCCACCCACCCAGUCUCACCCACCCGUGUCUCCCCUUCCUCAUUCUUCCACCCCGUCCCUCCCACCCCUUCCUCACCCACCCAUCCAGUCUCACCCUCUCCCUGUCUCCCCCUUCCUCCAUCCCAUCCCUCCCCAGCCCCUUCCUCACCCACCCUUCCUCAUUCCUCCACCCCGUCCUCACCCACCCACCCAGUCUCACCCAUCCUUCUCCCUUCCUCAUACCUCCACCUCGUCCCUCCCACCCCUUCGUCACCCCCACCCCACCCUCACCCCCUGUUUCCCCUUCCUAACUACCCUCCUGUCUCCCCACCCUUCCUCCCCAUGCAGUCUCACCCACCCCUUCUUCACCCCUGUCUACCCUUCCUCACCCCCUCCUACCACCUCACCCCCUCUCCCCUCUCCGCCACGCCCCACCACCUUUGAUCUUAAGCCACCACCCGACCCCACAUCAUUUAGUACCCUGUAG